UCAAGACGAGCUCGUGAUUACUUGAUGAAGGUCUAAGUUCCUUUCCAGUUGUUUCAGUAUUCACCGAUCCAGCACUGUCUUUUCAAAGUGUUGCACGACUCAUUGGCGCAACGGUCGUUGGUGGAAAAAAACGUGUCUUGAAAAGAACUUCUUCCCCGUUCUUGCACUAAGAUCCGAUGGCGCAACCAAGCCGGAGGUCGUCGACCUUACGUUUGUUAUUGCAUUUCGUUCCACCAUUGUGCUCUCCACUGCUUGUGCAUUGUUUCUCCCUGCAAGCCGCUAGACACUUCGUCACGCCGCCGGUGCUUCGCGGGGCGUUCCGGCCAAAGGCAACAAUCCGGCAAGCCGCGCCAGCAGGAAUCACACUUAGCAACGCACGCCCAGCAGAAGGGGAGACGCAAACAAGCUUGCCCGGUCUACAUUCGCGGCGGCAGCUGCCCGACAGGAGUGCAACAAGCCGCUUAUUUUCCAGACUCUCAGGAAUUCCGCACACGACAAGCACCUCCCGCCACACACUCGCGAGCUGCCCAUCUCGCGGAUACGCGGGUGACGUCGCCGACAGUACGAUGGCAGCACCGUCCGCAAUGCCGACCAGUCAACAGCAUGACCAAGCAGCUCCCUCGACCGAUCGAGUUGCCUUCCUCGGACUCGGGCGCAUGGGCGCGCCGAUGGCAGCUAACAUCCACAAGAAGUGGAGCGCUUCCCGAGGUGGCAAACUUGCCGUGUGGAAUCGUAGUACUGAAAAGGCGGAGCAGCACGCAGCGGCGCACGGCUCCGUAAUGAUCAGCGAUCUUGCAUCCGAACUCCGGUGCCCCAUCGUGUUUUGUUGUCUGCCCACCAGCGACCAAGUCCGAACCAUUGCGGAAAAGCUCGUGGAAGCGAAAAAGGGCAGCGAUGCGGAGGAUCGUGAUGCAACUUGUGAUGAAAAAGCGGCACGGCAAGACCAACCGCACAUCCUGGUCGAUUGCACAUCCGGCUCCCGGGCCAAGACCAUCGAAAUUGGGCGCUACCUCGCGGAACACGGCAUUGCUCUCGUGGACUGCCCGGUGUCCGGCGGGCCGGCGGGCGCUGAAGCGGGGUCCUUGUCUGCCAUGCUGGGAGGUGAACCCGCAGACGUCGAACGAGUUCUGCCAAUCGUCAAGACCUUUGCCGCGAAGACGCAGCACGUAGGUCCGCUCGGAAGCGGGCACGCCGUCAAAUCUGUCAACAACUUGCUCAACAGCUUGCAUCUCAUGGCGGCUACGGAGGGAUUGCUUGCCUUGAAGAAAAUCGGAAUCGAGUACUUACAUGGAACUGGAAUUUUGAUCGCGAAAAUGACAUGAUAUCAAAUGUAGAGACUAUCAUAACUUCGAUGCGGCAGUACCAGUGGAGCUCUGCAAUCUGUUGGUCCUUUAUCAUCUCUGAAGUACUACUUAUUUCGCUCAAAAAAACACAACACCACUUCAGUCCAACCAAGGCCCUUGAGUGCAUCAAUACCUCGUCUGGACGCUCGCUACAAACAGAGCAGCGGAUCCCCAAGGAGGUGCUCACGGGGAACUUUAACUACGGCUUUGCCCUGAACCUGAUGCAGAAGGAUUGCCGGCUCGCAAGGGAGCUGGUGGCGAGCUUGUGCGACGAUGCCUGGAAGACGCAGCAAAAGGAGACCUGCGACCGACAUACGUAUGGAGACAGCAAGAAGAUUCUCCCCGUGGACCACGAGGAUCUGGAGGACGAAAGCCCGACGUCUACGGGUGGCAAGGCUGCUAAAGCGCAACUCUGCUCAACGGAUGCCUUUGACGUGACGAACUCGCUGUUGCUCCACGCAGCGGACCGUGUCGACGCGAUCGCGGACCACUAUGGAGCGACGAAGAAAGGCGGAGCCACGGACGCGGAUUACACCAUGCUCAGCAAGUACUUCGAGGAAAAGUUGCGUCUAACGCUGCGGAAAGACGACCCCGCGACCGAGUAGAAAAAUGCGCCUGAAUGCGAGUCGGAAAGUUGUAGGCACAUCAGAAAUUACUUAAGUAGUAAAAUUUUGCUUGGAUUGCCAAGUCGCAAUGAGAAUACAGAUCAUAUUGUACCUUUGCCAUAGCCAUUCUUGUGCUCGUGUUGUCCGACUUUGUGACAAACUGUACAAGCGAAAACAAGUUACGUCCAGAGGCAAAACAAGGCAGGAG